AUGACGCUCGCAGUAGCCUCUUCCUCUGCAUCCGCGGUGCUGCGACAGCGCGUCGCUGUUGCCGGUCGACGAUUCUCCACAGCUCCUGUCGCGCGCCUUGCUGCGGCAGCCGGGCCAUCCGAAGUCGCAGGUCCGUGGGCCGACCGCCUGACUGAGCCGCGCCUCAACCGGUACCUCGUCGUGGCCGAGGACCACGCCGAUGCCGGUGCCAAUGCUCGUCGAUUCGAGGUCCGAGAGCGUCACCUCGAGCAGGCGCGCAACGGCAAGCGCGUCGGACGCAUCGAGCUCGGCGGCGCCCUCCUCCGCAGGGACUUUAACCAGAUCGACCAGGAGGUCGGGCCCGGUCCCCACAUGGGCGGCAGCGUGCUCGUCGUGCUGGGCGAGAGCAUCGAGGAUGUCCGCGCCCGCGUCAUGCAGGACGAGUAUGUCCAGGGCAACGUCUGGAACGUCGACGCACUCAAGAUCUACCCCUUCCUCCAGGCUCCCCUGGUCAACGCCAAUGCAGCUGAGACCGGUGCGGACCAGACCGCAGACAACGAGGCGCGCGCAGGAUCCGACAGGUCGAACGCAACGCUUGGCCAGCUUCGACAGGACGUUGCGGCGGGCAAGGGUCACAAGAUGAUCACGCUCGGUGCGCUGCGCAGGAUGCACCAAAACAGCGCUCCCGUCACCAAGUGA